AUGCUGAAGAAACUAAUUGACCAGUUUGAGAAAAAUGCAGUGCUCCGAGACGAAAAUAACCAUCUACUCAGGGAGAAAAUAUUGUCUCUAGAAGCUAAAUUACAAAUAUCUGAAGCAAAUGCAGAAAAAGUUAAUUUGAUUUUGGGCGGUAUUAAGGACCAGCAUAUCAAGUUUUCUGUAGAAACAUCUGAAAUCAAUAACCCGGCUAAAUUAGCUAGAUAUUUGAAAGUAUUUGAAGAGAAAAAUGAUUUGGGUUCCGAGCGUGAGACCACCAAAUCAUCUUUAUCUCAAAGUAGAGUGUCAGGGACAACGAGAGUGAACCGAGUGAAAACUUCAUCGUUAGCCAGUCUAAGUCAAGAAAAAGAUCAAGUAGAUUGGGAUAAGCAAGUAAAUAAAGUGCAAUCGAGUAUUUAUAAGACCACAUCAUUUAUCAACCUUGGUUUGGCUAAUACAAUGACAUUAAUCGAAGGUAUCGGAGACGAAGUGACACAGUUUUUCAUAAUACUUUUUGCAGCACUGAUUGCAUAUAUUGCAUGGUGGUCAACCAAUAUUUCAGAGCAAAGACGAUUUAGGACUGUGUUACUUCUAAACCGCACCAGAAGAGUUGAUACCAAUGGAUCAAUAAUACGUGUUAGAUUACCGUUUAGACAGCUAUCCAAUCAUACACAAUCUAUUGCAAUAUCAGGAGAGCCUUCAUCAAACCAUACCACAUCAGUGCAAACUGAAGAAUCAACAAACUCAACAGACCUAGAAGAAGCAAAUACUCCCCCUCAAACGUCAACUGCUGAACCAAAGUCCAAUAUCACGCCUAGCUCAUCGAAUACCUCACAGACGUCCAUAGAACAAAUCGAUUCGGAAAAUAGUAAUUUUGAUAGAGAAGAACUCGAAAUCGAUAGGCCUCACUUAAAUUUAACUAGUCUGGAAGAGAAUACCAUAAUUCGUACAAUGGACGCAGACACUCAAAACGAAUUGAGACAAAGGAGAGUUGCACAUUUUGAAGGUGCAGCAGGAAUUAGAUCUGGCACUGGUGUUAGUAGUCAUUCCAAAGAUGUUCAAUCGGCUCAAAACUCACCCAUACCUAGCAGACUGGAAAGUGAUGCCACAGAAUCACACAGCACUCAGCAACCAGAAACAGUAAAUGAUAGUCAAGAUAAAUUGAUAACUAUAAAAUUGAAAUACAUUAACGAUGACAUGAGAAUUGUUGAUGGUCGAUUGGAAGAACUUCUAGGCGAUUUUAAGAGGAGACACUUCAUGGAAGAACUAAACGCAAAUAAAGAAAUCAAACUAAUUUUCAAUGGCCAAGUUUUAAAACAAGACAGAAAUAGCCUGCAGAGUUGUGGUCUAUUUGAUAAUUGCGUUGUCCACUGUUUGAUUCAUCAAAAAAGGCCAUCGGCUGCCGACAGAAAUAAUCCACAACAGAAUUUCAAUGAGAAUAAUGAAUUUUUAAGGGAAGUGCCCUUUAUUCACGUAACAAAUGCAGACAAUAACAAUCAAGACUUGGGUUGGGAUUUGAGCAAUUGUUUGUUUGCAAUUGUAAGCUUUAUUUUGCUGGCAGCUUGGUACUUUAGAUAUGUAUACGCCCAUCUUUACACAAUAACAGCCACUGUAGGAUUGAUAAUUAUCACAGGCAUAUUUUCCAUCAUACUUCUGGGAGCUUAUUUUCCAGACAACGAGGCACCGCCUGAUGCUAGUGUUCAAAUACGAGUCACUAGAACCGAAAGGAUAGAGGUACAGCAACAGCAAUAAAUAGUGAUAUUGAUUUUAUUUAUAUACAAUACAUAUACAGUUAUCUUAUGUGAAUUUUCAAGUAAUAUUUUUCUCCCAUUUAGGGUUUAAUUUUGUAAGAUGUUAUGUUGCUUUCUAUUUUUGUCUUUUUGAGCACUUCUUGAAUUUAAAUAAAUUUAUUUCUAAACAAAUGGGUUUUUUUCACAAAAUAUAUUUCAUAGUUGUAAGUCCCAGGAAUUUGCAAUUGAAUGUUUUCGAUGUGACAAGUUGAGUAGUAGACGAAGAGCUGGCUACGGACAGGUAGGGGUGACUUGGUAAAGUAGAAAUUUUGUCAUUUACAGGUUCGCUUGUUACCAAUAUAGCGAAAGGCGGGCCAUCAGAAGUCUCCCUGGAAGUAUAAAGUGACGGAAAAAAUAUGACGACUAAUUUUUAUUUCAUGAGUGCUUUUAAAUAUUUAUCAAAUAUCACUAUUAUACAGGGUGUCUCAGCCGAGAGUGAUCCGUUUUAAAUGCCUGUGUGCUAGCUACCUGCGGUUUGCGCCAUUCGAUUUUUCUUGACCUAAAGUUUUUUAGUAGGUUGCAAAUUUUUUUGCCUCUUAUAAAGGGCGAUUAAAAAAAAAUCCGUUUUUCAACAUCAAAAUUCUCCACUAUUUUUAAUGGAACGCCAUGUAUAUCACAACGCCAAAAAAAAAGAGUAAUUUUUAAGGUAUCCCUGUACCAAUAGUUCUUCAACUUGAAGUUUUAGCCAUAAAAAAUUAAAAUCAAAAUCCUGGUAUUUUUUAUUAGCAUAUUACAAAGCUUGGAAAUUAUGGUUAUGGUUAAAAAAAAAAACAGACUUUAAGUUAUUUAUUUACGACUAAUGUAUAAUGUAAACCCAAUACUUGUGAUUUUGGCAGUAUAAUGACAUAUAUUGACGUGAAGCGGGAUUAAUGGUUAUUAUUCCUCAAAAGUGUCAGUGUCAAACGUGUAGAGUGCUUACAAAACGCUUGUGGAUUUGUAUUGAAAAUAGACCUAACUAUUUUUACCUGGUAUGCGUGCGCAACACGAGGCAAUGCCUUUUCAUUGGCAAACUAGUACAGGUGAGAGAUGUUCAUUUUGCACGUUGGGCAUCUCCUUCCCAAGCAGCGCUUUUACGUCCUAACAACGUCGUCAUUGAUGUCUUGACGUUAAGGCGCGACGUCAAAUAGACGACUUUACAACCCUUAUUUUCACCAAAAUGGAGAAUCAUUUCAUGGUUGUAACGACGUCGCAGGUCGCGAGGCUUUACUAAUUUUUAACUUAUACGUCAGCAUACACAACCAGAUUUGAACGUUUACUAAACGUCGUAAACCAUGACUAACCUAAAAA